UUUAGCCAGCGCGCCGACUUAUUUAUUCCCGGCAAAUAUUCCGAAAAUUAUACUCUCAACAACUGCUCACUCACUCACUCACUCACUCCCCCUCUUCAUCUUCAUCUCGAAGGGAAACUGUUACAGGAAUUCUACGACAACAUGCCGACCAAGAAGAAGAACUCGAAAACACCUUCAAAACCCUCAAAUUCCGACCAAAGCAACGUGCUCUCCUCGCCUUAUUCUUUACCGUCGUGGCCAAUCGCUCCGACGCAUGAACAAUUGCUCCAAUCUCUCGAUGAAGCUGCAGCUCAGUUCCCAUCUCUCAUCUCCACAACGGCCUUCGUUGGCACAGUUGUCCAAGACGCCGUUUCCGACCCCAGAGACUGCAAAAUUUGGCUUUCUGAAUCAGCCAUGACUUCUUUCUCGAUCCCCACAGGCUCCCUUGUAUCGGUCUCUCUUUCUUCUUCGGAGAAAGGUACGAGUGGAUUCCCUCUGUGUAAGCUAUCAGAUGAAUGUGCUCAGUGCUUUGGGUUUGACGUUACCAACAAUUUGGCUGAUGAACCUGGAACAUUCUUUGCUCUUGCGACCAUAUACCCAUCCACUAAGGUUUCUAAAAAUGAAGUGCGCUUGUCUUUGAACCUUUCACGCACUAUGGGUAGUCCAUGUUCAGGCAGGGUAGUUUUUGUUUAUCCUGUUCAGCGUCAUAGCUUGACUGAGAAUGGAAAUGGUGCCCGCUGUGGUCCUGCAGCUAGUUAUAUAUCAGUAGACAGCCGAACGGAGAUUUAUCUAUCUCCAGUAUAUUUGAAGGGUAACAAAAAUAAAACUGGGAUGUCAACAUCUUCUCAUCUCAAGUCUUUUGAUGAACUAGCAUACAGGCAAGCUGAAAACAGUAAAAUUUCAUCCCCAAAGACACCAUCUGUAUCACAGUCUAAAAUUAGCUCUCCUAGCUCAGCAGAGUCUCGCAUGUCGAAUUAUGACAAGUCAACGUUAGAGAGAACUUACUCUAGUGCAGCAUUUAACAUACUUGGCAUGGAUGAAAUUUUAAGGGAUGAUUCCUCAAGGAAACUGUUAGAGACAUGCGUUGGAUCAUGGUUAUAUUCACGGAUUUUACUCUCCAGCAACUUUGUUGCAGUCCCUGUACUUUCAGAGCUAUGUGUUUUCCAGGUUAUGGAUCCCAAAAGAUUGUCUUCAAAUGGUGAAAUUCGGAAUAGUAAUAGUGAAUUUAUUGCGCGGGGUUUGGACAAUGGAAAAUAUGUCUUAUCUGCUUUCUCUAUUGAUGGUGGUACAAAGAUUAAUUUUCUAUCCGCAGGUGAUGUGGUUGUUGAAUCUUCAAUGAAAGGCUAUUUCGAAGAUCCAGAUGCGAGGCAUGGCCCCAUCAGAAAAAAUCUGGAGGCCAACCUUUUGAUUUUGGGAGGCCUUACUAAAGAAUAUUCUGUUUUAAAAGAUAUCAUAGUUUCAUCAGCUGUGCAGAUGACAGUUGCAAGCUUGGGCUUACGGCCUACAAAGGGAGUCCUUCUUCAUGGCCCCCCAGGAACUGGAAAGACUACAUUAGCUCAAGUAUGUGCCCGUGAUGCUGGUGUAAACAUGUUUUCUGUGAAUGGACCUGAAAUUAUUAGUCAAUACCAUGGAGAAACUGAAAAAGCAUUGCAUGAAGUAUUUGAGAAUGCCACCAAAGCCUCACCUGCUGUGGUAUUCAUAGAUGAGUUGGAUGCCAUUGCACCUGCACGUAAAGAUGGAGGAGAUGAGCUAUCCCAAAGAAUGGUUGCCACUCUCUUAAAUUUAAUGGAUGGGAUUAGUAGAAGUGAUGGAGUUCUAGUUAUUGCUGCUACAAACCGUCCUGACAGUAUUGAGCCCGCACUUAGACGGCCAGGAAGGCUUGACAGAGAAAUUGAAAUAGGUGUUCCAUCGCCCAGAGAACGACAUGAAAUAUUGCUUGCAGUUCUUAAUGAAACUGCACACUCACUGCUGGACGAGGAUAUUCACAAUCUUGCAAUGGCCACACAUGGUUUUGUUGGAGCUGAUUUAGCUGCUCUGUGCACUGAAGCAGCCUUGGUUGGGCUUCGGCGGUAUGUUAAAUCUAAUGCCAGUCAUGGUGAUUCAGAUUUCGGAUUUUCAACCGCAGUAGAUCCAGAAUACCAAGCUUUGAGCCGGUCGCAAGAAGUUGACCUGGGUGGUGAUCUGGGAACCCCUUGCAGUUCAGGAGAUUCUGUCAAAAGUAAUUUGUGUGCUACAUUUGCCAGCAAUUCAGGAACACAAAACUCUGCUGAAUCCAUGGUUGGUAUUGCAGUAGAUUGGACUCAUGAUCCAAAAGGCACCUUGAGAGUUACUUCAGAUGACUUUGAGAAGGCUAGAAUAAGAAUAAGACCAAGUGCUAUGAGAGAGGUGAUACUUGAAAUUCCUAAAGUUGGCUGGCAUGAUGUUGGUGGCCAGACAGAAGUUAAGGUGCAACUGAUGGAAGCUGUGCAAUGGCCUCAAAAACACAAGGAUGCUUUUGAUCGCAUUGGAACUCGCCCCCCAAGUGGAAUUUUAUUGUUUGGUCCUCCAGGUUGCAGCAAGACUCUUUUGGCUCGUGCAGUUGCUGCUGAAGCAGGGUUGAAUUUUCUUGCAGUAAAGGGCCCUGAGCUCUUCAGCAAAUGGGUUGGUGAAUCUGAAAAAGCCGUACGUACUUUGUUCGCGAAGGCCAGGGCUAAUGCUCCUUCGAUUAUAUUCUUUGACGAAAUUGAUGGUCUUGCUAUCACUCGUGGAAAAGAAAGCGAUGGAGUAUCAGUCGGUGAUCGGGUUAUCAGUCAACUACUUGUUGAAUUGGAUGGCUUGCAGCAAAGAGGCAGUGUAACUGUCAUUGCAGCUACAAAUAGGCCAGAUAAGAUUGAUUCUGCCCUCCUCAGACCAGGACGAUUUGAUAGACUUCUUUAUGUGGGCCCACCAAGCAAAAAAGAUCGUGAGGAUAUCUUCCGUGUUCAUUUGCACCGGAUGCCAUGCAAUUCUGAUGUAUGCAUCAGUGAGCUCUCUCGUCUCACGGAAGGCUAUACAGGGGCUGAUAUAUCACUCAUCUGCCGCGAAGCAGCCAUUAGAGCAAUGGAAGAAAACCUAGAUGCCUCAGAGAUCAAAAUGGAGCACUUGAAAACCGGAGUUCAACAAGUACAACCGUCUAACGUUGAUAUGUAUGAGAACCUCUCAUCCAAGUUCCAAAGACUAGUUCUUUCAUCUGCUAAGGAAGAAAGUUUGGAAUCCGAAACUUUCCCAGUUAAACCGUGUCAUAGAACUUUUUGGAGCAGGCUCAGAGCUGCUGUGCUCUUCAUUUCUCAAAGUCUAGGCUCCAUUUUGCAUCAAAAUUCUUCGUAAGCAGAUAAAUGUGCCUAGCUUCUUCCCUUGCCCGAUUAUGUGCUGCAACGAUUUUCUUUCAGUCUGUGCCAGAAAGGAAGCAUGCCCAGAAAAUCACAGCUACAAGAAUGUCUGCAACUAAUGGAAUAUCUUAAAAACCCAAAACAUUGUACAGCUGUAAGAUAGAGCCCUUCUACUACAGUUUUCAUAUAGCUUCUUCCCACCAUGGUAUGAUGCAGCUAUGGGAGGUUUUUGUAGUUCUUUUUUGUUGAGGCAAAUCUGAAAUUUCUUCGGAUAUGCAUGUACAUUAUUCUGAUAGCUGAGGUAAAAAUCGGGGUUUUUUUUGGCUAUGAA